AUGAAACAUCUAAGGAAUGGCUCUCCCAAAUCUCCUCAAUUUCAAGCCGAACCCGGGUCACGGACGCGUUCGAAGGCGCCGUCGUUCGUUGGCUGCCGGUUCGAGACCGGUAUGGCAUUCUCAAGAAGGCGCAUACACUACUCUGUUGGCGGUGAUUUACUUGAGCGGGAAAAGCUCGUUCCGAAGAAAUUUCUUACGAUGGAAGAAGAGGCGAAGGUGACUGGGGAUAUGAGGGAGCUGUACGAUCGGAUAUUGCCAUCAAGAGAGAGCGAUCAGCGAAGAGCAGACUUCGUACAAAAGCUGGAUCGUAUUCUGAAUGAAAAAUGGCCAGGCAAUGAUAUUCGUGUUCACAUGUUCGGGUCUUCAGGUAACAUGCUGUGCACGAAUGAUUCUGACGACGGAAUGCAGAAUGUGGUUUGUGUUCCACACGCCAAAGUACCGAUCGUCAAAUUCUGGGACCCUGAGAUUCAUUUGGCUUGCGACAUGAAUGUCAACAAUACGUUGGCUUUGGAGAAUACAAGAAUGAUCAAAACUUAUGUUCAGCUUGACGCUCGAGUCCGACCGUUGGCAAUGAUCAUCAAGUACUGGACAAAGCGACGGAUCCUUAACGACGCUGCCAAGAAAGCUAAAUCUACCGUUGAUGGUAAAUAUGAUGGAUUCAACGAUGAUCUCGACGCUCUUCGUGGAAUCGGCGAGUCGAACAAGGAGACACUAGGCGAGCUUCUAUUUCAAUUUUUUCGCCGCUAUGGCCAUGACGUUGAUUUUGAACGAGAAGUGAUAUCUGUAAGAGAGGGAGAGACGAUCUCAAAGGAAGCAAAGAAGUGGCAUUUGAUGCAGAAUAACCGGCUCUGUAUCGAAGAGCCGUUCAAUAUUGAGCGAAACCUGGGGAACACUGCCGACGACAUCUCAUUUCGCGGCAUACAUCUCGAAUUGAGGCGGGCAUUCGAUCUUGUCGCCAAAGGGAAGACGGAUGAAUGCUUCGAUCAUUAUCUUUUCCCACCUACCGAAGAGAGGGUCUAUGAAAAGCCUGCCCCAAAGCCGCCACCCGUUCUCAGUCGGAGUCGGAGCCAAUCACAAUCCUCGAGAGGCAAGGCUGGCCAUGGCAAUCGUGGGGGUAGGCAUUACUCCAGCGGUUCAAAAAACAGAAGAGCCUCCAGUGCUGCUGCAACCAACAAAUACCCACUUCCGCCAAACAAUCCUGCUGCUUACAGCGUUGAUCCUAGUCUCAACAAUGAGCAAUUCAUCAACGCACAAUUUGAGCAGUUGAAGCUUCAUAGACAGCUUUUUGAUGAGAUGCAGACGCUACAAAGACAAGAGUAUGAGCUUCGACUCAAGCAAGCUCAGAACCAGUUGCAAGCUGAGUACGAAUUACAAGCUACGGGCCAAGCACCACCAACUGGUCCUCACACUGCAAGAGAGGCUCGACGUCUACAAGCAGCAGCUCAAGUACCCCUCUCGGCUCCGCUGCGCGGUAGUCCUCAGUUUCCCCCUUACAUGUAUCCUCAAGUCCCUGGAACUCCUCAGAAUGUUCAUACUCAGCCGUCCUCUCCAUCACUACGAUCUGCUCAGCUAGAUUUGCGGCGGAGUAUGCAUCGAUCUAAUGUUACCGAUGGCUCGUCUUCGGGAAGCAUCAGAUCUCAUUCACAGCCUGCCCGAUCCAUGCCACUGAAUUUACCUGCCCGAAAUGUUCCUCCUUUGCCACAGAAUAGCCAACAAAUGCUUCACUACCAAAACCUGCGCCAUCAACAGCACUUGCCUCAUGAGCAAGUCUACUUUCCAGUGGAAGGGCACAAUGGCCAACGAUUUGUUGAUGUACCAGGCUUCGGAGACCCUAGGCGGCAUCCGAUGCAGCUUCCUUUCGAUGAAAAUAUCACAAAGGAGUACGCAGGAUACUGGAUCAAUGAUUCGCCUCCACCUCGCUCAUACCGUGACGAGACUCGUAUGCCAAGGAUGCCAUUCGCUCAAGAUCAAUAUCCACGUGUUCGAGGCAUUCCCCCUAACUUCGACCGACUGAGAUCGUCGUCAAGGUCUCCUUCGCCUUCUACUGCGAUACCUUUCCGCGAUCGUGCGUUCAGUUUGCAACAUUCUGCAAACGCUCCCAAUGGACGACAGCGUCUCGAGAGAGUAGCUGGGACAAUCGCACCCUCUCGAAUGACAGGGCCAAUCAUCGUGAAUGGAACCGAUGCACUACAGAUGGUAGAUUGUCCACCAAUGGUAGAAUCUUCAUCGCACACUACUACUAUCAGUGAAACUACUUCGGGUUCUGAUGAGCCAACGUACCAGACUCCUGCCACCGGGGAGAUGGAGUCUUUUCAAAAUCCGCCAUUCGAGGAUGACUUUGCUAUCGACCAGGCACAAUUCCUCUAUCAAGGUCAGCAAAUGUCUGAGAGAUUCCGCCACCCCCAACAUGACGCAAGACAUUUCAUGGAGCCAUCGCCAAGGCGCUUGUCAAACCAAGCACCGGAUGCUGUUGCACAUGAAGCCGUUGUCAGACAGAGUGAGCGCAAGCCAGUCAAUAGCCGCGGCUUGAACAUUCAAUUCGGAGAACAUGAUUACAACCGGCCACCAGCUAAAUCGAAGUCCGAUCAGAUCCCGCCACAAGAGCCUGCACGGCAGUCAAAUCAUGUUCCUCGAAUAGACGCGCAGCUUUUACCUGCCACUGAAGGUCAAACGGAGAAAGCCCAGGCUGUUCCGCCACUGCUGUCGCCUGUACGCGAAGUGAGGACGCCUUCACCAACUCAUGGCCGACGCCGGGAUGACUCCGACAUGGCCAAAGCUAGCACAGUCAAACGAGCUUAUGGUAAGAUGGAUCUCCGAAUUCCCUCUUUUGCAGAGAUCCAAGCAAAGAGGAGCGAGGCGCGUCUUGAGAGCCCAGGAAUUACAGCUUCUUCUCUCAAACCAAACGGCAAUAUAACUCCAAAAAUGAAUGGAGCCAGCCCCUUCAAGCAGACUCCGGUCACCUCGCCAGUUUAUCAUAUGCAGGUCCCACAGAAUACGCCAUCGUCACCGACAAGCCCGAGAUCUCACGCGGCUUUACAGCAAGUCAGUGCCUGGCAACAACAAUACUCGAAGAAGCACCGGAAGAACAAGUCGAGGCAUGGGACUGAGCAAAUCUUCGGUGAAGCUAUGCCAGUCAACGAGGCUGAGAGGAAAGGUGGCUGA